AUGAAGGGGAGUGUGGGAGAGGCGACGCCGCUGCUCGUGCACCCCAGCUCCGCGAGUGGGCUUGAUGCCAAGAAACCGAUCCGCGAUUUAAUCGUAAUCUGUCUCGGUUUCUUCCUCAUCUUCGUCGCAUUCAGCACCACGCAGAACCUUGUGAGCAGUCUCAUUCCGGGCAAGCUCGGCACCGUGACGCUGGCCCUCCUCUACGUGGCCUUCUGCUUCUCUUCCCUCUUCAUCAGUUCAUCGGCAACUGAACUCCUGACACCCAAGUGGGCGCUCGUCGCCGGUGCAUCCACCUACUCCCUCUUCAUCGCCGCCAACCUCAACCCAACCGCGUGGACCCUCAUUCCGGCGGCGGUGACGAGCGGGGUGGGGGCCGGCCUUCUGUGGACCGGCCAGGGCGCCUACCUGUCGAACGUGGCCGCUAACUACGCGCGGGCGAUGAACCAACCGAAGAAGUCAGCGCGCGUACUGGCGCAUCUGAAAUCGGGCUUCAUCCGGUGCGUCAUCAGCACCAACGCUCUGGAGGCCGGCGUUGACAUCCCCGAGCUGGACGCAGUGCUCUUACUGGGCUAUCCGGGCAACAAGAUGAGCUUCUGGCAGCGGGUGGGACGAGCGGGAAGAGGCAGGGAAGGUCUCGCGCUCUACCUCCCCUCUGCCAACAGCGCACUCGACCUCUACUUUGCAGAACACCCGGAAGAGCUACUGGGCAAGGACAUGGAGCGGGUGGCGUUCAACAGCGAAUACCCUACCAUACUGGGCAAGCACAUAUGGUGCGCCAGCGUCGAGUCUGGAAUCGAGGCCGAUGAGCGAAAGCUGUGCCAGCGAUUUGGGGGAGCGGCGCCGCAGCUGCUUCAGUUCCUCGAACAGCGCGGCGACGUCGCCCGAAGGGACUCAGACACGCGCAGAGGGGCGGUGUGGGUGGGACGGGGCUAUCCGCACCGGGAUGUCAGCCUGCGCGGAGGGGAGUCCUUUGCGGACGUGCGCGCCGUGUGGAGCAAAAACAACGCCAUCAUCGAAACCCUGGGCCAAAAGCAAGCGAUCAUGCGUCUGUUUCCGGGCGCGAUUUUCAUGUCGGCCGACGACCAGACCGGCACCGUGAUGCGGUUCGACGUGCUCUCGCUCGACUUGAGUCCAGACAAGCGGCUGGCGGUGCUCGCCGCCAGCAAGUACCCUCCCGGCACCACCGUGUCACCGCUCCGGGACAACAGUGUGACCAUGACCAAAAAGUGGGGCAACAAACGAUUCAACUUGCCCGGCGGCACCGGCAGCCUAACCGUCACCUACGGCUGGUGCACGCUCACCUCGCGCGUGUACGGCUGCGAGGUGAAGUCUCCGGCGCGCAGGAGCAAAGGCGACGAUACUUCGGGUCUGCCCGCCUUCGGCCGCACGCUCUACGAUCAGGGGCAGAGGUUCGAGUGGUCGCACGAGGCGCCCUGCUUGCGCUUCAGGCUGGACGAACCGGCCAAGGCCGUCCUGCGAAGCCGGCUGCGUGCUGACGUCAUGCCCACUCUUCAGGAGACCUUCACCGCCUCGCCCGACCUCGCAGUGCGCACCCGCCUCUGA